AUGUACGAAACUGCAACAAGAAAACAAUUGCCAUUUAUUUUGCGCUCGUGGAUAGUGAUUUGGGUGUGUGGGUGUUUUUGUUUUGUUUUGUUUUGCGUUUCCUGUCUUGUUCUUGCAGGUGGAAGAGUAGCGGUUGUUUUCCCGCGGGACACGGAGACCCACGGCUAUGAGAGAGGUAAGGGAGAGGUGGAAGGAAGAAAGGUAAGACAGGAAAGACACGUAAGACUACUGCAACUACUACAACAACUAGAUGUCCUGUCCUCUGUUUUCGACAAACACUUUGGUUUGGGUCUCAGGCUACAGGUCUUGGAUGUAGUUCUUCUCCCCCUUUAUUUGCUCUGUCCGACCUUGCGCCCUACGCACGCUUAUGUCAUCAAAAAAAGCAGCAAUCUUUGGCUCUGCGUGGUUUUCUGUUCUUCCUGGGGGGUUCUGUGUUCUUUGCAGCAGCUGCGGGAUUCCACCACGUCAUUAUGGAAGCGUGAUUCUGUGCAUGGAACCUGCGGCUCGAGAGCGAAGGCGUGA